UGCCCUUUCAAACCGUCUUGACAAAGUAAACAAAUAAAAAAAAUACAAGUAUCAGUGAGAUUACUAUAUUGUCAGUAGAAAAUAUCUGAAUCUAGAGAAAGAAACAGAGAAAAGCCAUGGGAGCUCUGGAUCAUCUUUCUAACAUGUUCGAUUGCGGCAGUGGAAGCAACAGAAAGUACAAAAAACGCAAGCAGUUGCAGACCGUGGAGAUUAAAGUGAAGAUCGAUUGUGAUGGGUGCGAGAGGAAGGUGAGGAGAUCGGUCGAAGGCAUGAAGGGCGUGACAUCUGUAAGCGUGGAGCGAAAACAACACAAGCUUACAGUUGUGGGGUACGUUGAGCCACACAAAGUGUUGUCCCGUGUGGCUUAUCGGACCGGGAAGAAGGUUGAGCUUUGGCCUUAUGUGCCAUAUGAUAUCGUGGCCCACCCUUACGCACAAGGUGUGUAUGACAAAAAGGCGCCUGCGGGGUAUGUUCGAUACGUUGAAGAUCCGCACAAUCAACUGGCACGAGCUAGCUCGACUGAGGUUCGGUACACCACAGCUUUUAGUGAUGAAAAUCCGGCUGCGUGUUCUAUCAUGUGAUUGAUUUUUCUGGGGUCAAAAACGAAGGAAGAUGUUUAAAGACUAAAUAUAUAAAAUCGUAUGUAAGAAAUUAUGAGUGGAUAUGUUUAGUUGUCUGUUAAAAGAAAGUUUGGGUAAUGAAUUAGUUUAUUGUUUUUUAGUAUUACAACUAUAAAAAGAAGAAAAAAUGUUUGAUGUAUGGUGUUCUUUUUUUCUUUUAUCUUUCAUAUUUUAUAGCGGAUAGUUUCUUUGUAUGUACAUUUCUCAAGAUAAUGGAUGAUGUAUUUUAUGUCUAAA